CGCUUGUCGGCUCUCUCUCUCUACUUCUAACAAACCGUACCCUAUAAAAUGCAAGCCCCUCCUCCCAACAUUGAUCCCAAUUCUGCCGUAUACGCAACGGAUGAAUACGGAAGACCAUUCAUCAUUGUUCGUGAAGGCCAAAGAAAAUCCAGAUUGUCUGGUAUUGAAGCCAUCCGUUCGCAUAUUCUUGCUGCAAAGACUGUCUCGAACAUUAUUAAAACGUCGUUAGGCCCACGAGGUCUCGACAAGAUCUUGAUCUCGCCCGAUGGUGAUAUUACUGUGACCAACGAUGGCGCAACGAUCCUGGAUCAGAUGCAAGUGGAACAUCAGAUCGCCAAACUUCUUGUACAGCUCUCCAAGAGUCAGGAUGACGAAAUCGGUGAUGGUACCACUGGUGUUGUUGUGCUUGCUGGUGCUUUAUUAGAACAAUGUGAACAGCUUCUUGAUCGAGGUAUUCAUCCUAUUCGUAUCGCCGACGGUUUUGAGCGUGCCUGUAACGUUGCUGUCGAACAUCUCGACAAGAUCUCUGACACAAUCGAGUUCAGCAAGGACAACGUUGCUAACCUGAAAAAGACGGCCAUGACCAGUUUGGGUAGUAAGAUUGUUUCCAAGUGCCACGAGCAAUUCGCAGACAUUGCAGUGGAUGCAGUUCUUUCCGUUGCCGACUUGGAACGCAAGGAUGUUGAUUUCGAGUUGAUCAAGGUGGAUGGCAAGAUGGGCGGCUCGCUCCAAGAUACCACGCUUGUCCACGGUGUUGUUGUCGACAAGGACAUGUCACAUCCUCAAAUGCCUCGAGAAAUCCGCGACGCCAAGCUCGCUAUCCUCACAUGCGCAUUCGAACCCCCACGACCCAAAACCAAGCACAAGCUCGAUAUCACUUCGGUAGAAGAAUACAAGAAGUUGCAGGAAUACGAAAAGAGCAAAUUCGAGGACAUGAUCAAGCAGGUCAAGGACUCUGGAGCCAAUCUUGUCAUUUGUCAGUGGGGCUUCGACGAUGAAGCAAACCACUUGUUGCUUCAAAACCAGCUGCCCGCUGUUCGAUGGGUUGGUGGCCCUGAAAUCGAAUUGAUCGCUAUUGCCACAAACGGCCGCAUUGUGCCUCGAUUCGAGGACUUGUCGUCUGAAAAGUUGGGUUCGGCUGGUAUUGUCCGUGAACUUGCUUUCGGUACUACCAAGGACAGAAUGCUCGUGAUCGAAGAAUGUGCAAAUAGCCGUGCAGUUACUGUGUUUGUGCGCGGUGGUAACAAGAUGAUCAUUGAUGAAGCCAAGCGAUCGCUGCAUGAUGCCAUCUGCGCCGUCCGCAACUUGGUCCGCGAUAACCGCGUUGUCUAUGGUGGCGGUGCGGCUGAAAUCAGCUGCUCUUUGGCUGUUGCCAAGGUUGCCGAUGAGAUUUCGACAAUUGAACAAUAUGCCAUGCGCGCCUUUGCCGAUGCUUUGGAUGCUACUCCCUUAGCACUUUCUGAGAACUCUGGCUUGUCUCCUAUCGAAACUCUGGCCGAAGUCAAGGCACAGCAGGCAACCACAGGCAACGCUCGCCUGGGUAUCGAUUGCUUAUACAAGGGCUCAAAUGAUAUGAAGGACUUGCAUGUCUAUGAUCCAUUGAUCUCCAAGCGUCAACAAUACCUUUUGGCUACACAACUUGUAAAGAUGAUCUUGAAGAUCGACGAUGUGAUUACCACUGGUCCCAGCGAGGCUUAAAAAUAAUAAAGAAAAAGUAUUAGUUGUUAUGAUUUUUCUCUCUCUUCGUAUACAUACAUAAAAUGAAACUUUUUGCUCACAAACAAUCUUGCAAGAGAAGAAAAGAGGAGCUUUUCGUUAUUGCUGAUCUUGUCGCUGGCUGUGCGUCCUGAUGAAGUGGAGAGUAUUACCAAUACAAUGCAGGGUUUUAGAAAAGGGAAGCAAGACGUUAAAUUAUGGGGCCGUCGUCAACCUAGCCGACCGUUUAAGGCCUUGCACAUUGAUCCGAUGGGUUUGACAAAUGAUCG